GCAUUCUCCCCCAGAAGACGAGCCGAUCGAAGUUGACGGCAGAGAAUCCAUUCACGGACUUUCUGUCACAACUGGCACGCCAUCGAUACAAGUUCGGUGUAGUUUCUGUGUGCUGGGCCUCUUCUCUUUACCAUCCACCACACAUUCCAGCCAAGAAGCCCAAAGGCCAGGACUCGAGAAGCCCCAUUGAGACUCCCACAGUGUGAACUGUUGAGCUUUUUUCAAUUAUUUGGGAGCGUCGAACAUUCGCGGGAAGGGAGCUUUUUUUGCGUGUGUGCUUUCGUGGUUUGUGGAGGAGAAAUAGAGAGUAGUGCUCCGCCACCGUUUUUCCCUCACACAGCGCGGCAAAAGUGCACGAAAAGGGGGGAAAGAUGCAGGUGUGAAGGUGUGCAAUUCAGUUGGUGGGCACUGAGACAUUUCCAGGUGUUUUUUUUUGCAUUUCGGGCGAGGCGCAAAUUGAGAAGUCUCUACAUCUCAGAAUUCAACAGUCAGCUGUCAAGCUUAGCGAGACGUGCUUUUUAACCAGCGAGCUUUCACCUGUCCAGUUUGGUGGGCGAUGCCAGUGACAUGGCUGUGCCUCCUGGGGCUCAUUUUCACCGCAGCGACUGUCUCCUCAUCAUCUGGUGAUGUCUUCACCAGCUCCUUCCUCGUGCGUUUCAAGCGUAACGUGCACAAUGAGGUGGCUCAUGAGAUUGCCAAUAAAUAUGGAUACGACAACCUAGGCUCGCUCGCCGGAAGCGCCGGGACGGAAUUUCAUUUCAAGCAUCGAUCGUUGCCUCAUGCCAGAUCCCGGCGGAGCAUCACACAUACGCGUGUCCUGAAACGAGAUCCUUUGAUUCACAGCGCGGUGCAGCAGGUGGGAUUUGUGCGUGUGAAGCGUGGAUUGCGCCCUGCAAUCCCAUCGAUCGUUGGGAAACCCGUUGUUCCACCGGGAAAAGCACCGACGGACCCAUACUUUCCUCUGCAGUGGUAUCUGCGGAACACCGGGCAGAAUGGUGGGAAAGUGAGGCUGGACCUCAAUGUCCAGGCUGCCUGGGAUCAGGGCAUCACGGGAAAAAAUGUUACCACGGCCAUAAUGGAUGAUGGAGUGGACUACAUGCAUCCGGAUCUGAAAUAUAAUUAUAAUGCAGAAGCAAGUUACGAUUUCAGCAGCAACGAUCCAUAUCCUUACCCACGCUACACGGAUGACUGGUUCAACAGCCAUGGUACUCGGUGUGCUGGGGAAGUUGCUGCAGCACGUGACAAUGGAAUUUGCGGCGUGGGCGUUGCCUAUGACUCCAAAAUUGCUGGAAUCCGGAUGCUGGAUCAACCCUACAUGACGGACCUCAUUGAGGCAAACUCAAUGGGACACGAGCCUCAUAAAAUUCACAUCUACAGUGCCUCGUGGGGCCCUACGGAUGAUGGCAAGACCGUCGAUGGGCCGAGGAAUGCAACAAUGCGGGCCAUUGUCCAGGGUGUAAAUGAGGGUCGCAAUGGACUUGGCAACAUCUACGUAUGGGCAUCAGGGGAUGGCGGUGAGGAGGAUGACUGCAACUGUGACGGUUAUGCGGCUUCAAUGUGGACCAUUUCGAUAAAUAGCGCCAUAAAUGAUGGCCAGAACGCCCACUAUGAUGAAAGCUGUAGCUCAACGCUGGCCAGUACGUUCAGCAAUGGAGCCAAGGAUCCCAAUACCGGUGUGGCUACGACUGAUUUGUACGGGAAAUGCACAACAACUCACUCUGGCACAAGUGCUGCAGCUCCGGAGGCUGCUGGUGUUUUCGCCCUGGCCCUCGAAGCAAACCCAUCUCUGACUUGGCGCGACAUUCAACACAUCACCGUUCUGACGUCAAAGAGAAACUCCUUGUUUGAUGCCAAGAAUCGCUUCCACUGGACCAUGAAUGGUGUUGGUUUGGAAUUUAAUCAUCUCUUUGGGUUUGGAGUUCUCGAUGCUGGUUCUAUGGUCACACUGUCCAAGCAAUGGCUAACGUGUCCUCCGCGGUAUCACUGUGAAGCAGGAGCCAUUGUGGAGCCAAUGAAAAUUCCCAGCAAUGGUGGAUCGCUCUACUUGAAGAUCAAUACAAAUGCCUGUGCGGGAUCGGACACGGAAGUUAAUUACUUGGAACACGUUCAAGCGGUCAUCACGGCCAAUUGCACACGCCGUGGAGAUCUGGAGUUCUUCCUUACAUCACCAAUGGGGACAAGGUCAAUGAUUCUAAGUCGAAGGAAAAAUGAUGAUGAUCACAGGGAUGGCUUCACAAAAUGGCCAUUCAUGACGACACAUACCUGGGGAGAAUAUCCGCAAGGCACUUGGAUCCUGGAGGCUCGCAUCAAUUCUCAGCAGCCUCGAAUGGGAUUCAUCAAGGAAUGGUCCCUUGUUCUCCAUGGUACAAAGGAGGCUCCCUACAGGUCCCUGGUGCCGGGAUCUCCGCACUCAAAGUUGGCGAUCGUCAAGAAAGCUCAUGAAGAACGCAAAAUGUAAGAAAAUUUUAUUUUUACGAGAGGCUGUGGAUUUAAUUUUUAAAAGCUUCCUGGCAUUCCCACGGAGAAAAAAUUCCUUUUCCUUAUGAAAUUUCCCAAAUUUUCUUUUAAUCCUUUCCAAAGACAAAAAUAAAUCCUUUUUAACUCCAUACAAUGACUGUAAAGUACCUUUUUGAAGAAACUUCAAGUCAGAGAUGAUGUUGCAAAGUUAAAUGUUGAUGAUUGUAGACCAUUGCUGUUGGCUCAUUUAUUUAAAAGAAAAAAAAUCUGUGAAGGAGGAUUGAAAUAUUUAAUAUCUGUGAGAGAAAUCAUUACAAAAAAAAUCAAUUUGUGUGCUAAAAAAACAAAGUGAAAUUUUUAAGAGGGAAUUAUUCUUGCGCACAGAAGUAUUAAAAAAAACAUGAGAAAAAUUCUAUUUAGAUCUUGAGUCAAAAAAAAAAAACAACUAAAAAUGUAGUGAAAAUAAAAAUGUAGAGAAAAAAAUCUUUACUAAAAAAUUCGGGAGAAGGGGAAGAGAUAAAAAAUUUCAGUUUAAUGUCCAAAAGAAAAUCAGAAAGUAAUCCUUCAUCUAUUUAAAAAAAAUCAUAUUACUUAUAAAAUGACUUAUACAUAGUGAGGUGGGGAAAGAGAUGAAAAAAAUUGUAUAAUUAUUAUAUUUAUAUACACUAUUAUAAACAUAUGUAGAAUAUAAAACACAAUUGUUCUUUCUUAUUAUAAAAAAAACUAAAAAAAGGAUAAGAAACUCUUACAAAGCACAAGGAAAAUAUGUAAUUCUUGUUGAAAAAAUCUUUAAAUAAUUUUUCAAAGAAAUUUUCGCUUCUAAUUUUGAGUUUAAUAAAAUUAUCAAACAAGAAUUAAAUAUUUUUCUAGUGCAGUAAAUUAAAAUAUUCCUACUGUAUUAAAAUACUGAGAGGGUGAGACAAAGUCUCUGGUAUUGGAAAAAAAAAUAUCAGUAAAGAAUAAAAUUCAAAUCUGGCAAAAAAUUAAAAAAAAAACAUCUUUAAAGUAGACAGAGGCAUAUUUUUAGUAAUAGGAAAAUUUAAUCAUUUUCCGUAAAGUAAAAAAAAGAAGAAAAACUAAAAUGAAGAAGUCUUGAUCUUUACACAAUUACUAGAAUUUUACCGCGUAGAGAGGAAAGAAUAUACAUUAAAAAAUAUUUUAGAAAGUGAAAAAAAAACAUAUUCAUAUUAAAAAAAUCUCUUUGAUAUAUUUAUUGUUUCGAAUGAGAAAGAAUGAACGAUAUGAAAGAAAAGCGAACAAACAGAAGAUACAAAAAAAUCCAGCCAAAUUGAAACGUUAUUGAGGCACGAGUUUUCCAGCACGAAAGAGAGCUUUUAACAUUGCAACAAUAAAUAUAUUAAUAUACUCCUAUAAUAAAUUUAAAAAAAAACAAAUAAAAGCAUGAGUGCAGAUUUAUAAAUGAAAAAUAAAUAAAUUAAAUUCUAGUCAAAUAUUUGUUUUCUCAUCACACAUAAAAGGAUUUCCAUUUUAUGCCUAUUUAUGGAGUUUUUCAUUAUUUAUUUUACCAAAAUUAAUUUAUUUUAUUUAUUUUUCUUCCACAUUCUGGAAAACACAGACACAGUAUAUUGAAUAACAUAAACUUCUCUGAAAAAAAUAGAAAUAGGAUGGGGAGAGAAAAAAAUAUUGAGAGUUGAUAAAGACAAUUAUUAUAAAAAAAAUUAUUAUAUUAAAGAGGAGAAGAAAACAAAUUAAAAAAUAUACAUAUAUGUACAAUAUAAAUAAAACUGUUGCAGAAAGAAAUAAUUUUAUUUUGUUACUCUUCAUUUUAGUAUAAAUUAUUCGGCUUUGUGAUAUAAAGUGAAUGUUAUCAAAAUGUUAUCAUAAAUAUAUUUAUUUUUCAACUUUCCCAAAAAAUAAUUUGAAAAAAAAUUCUCUAUCAAACUCUGUCUUCUCUCUCAUUUGUUUUCUUAAAGGUUUUCUUUUUACUUUUUCUUCGAGACUGCUAAUCAGAUUUUAAUUUUCGGGUUUGAUUUUUGCGGUGUCGGGGGGCCAAAGACCUUCAGAAAUAAUUUAACAUGAGAAAAAAAAACAAAGAAAAAUGAGAAAAGCAGAAUAAAAGAAAACAUUUCAGACUAAAAAAAAAUAUUUCAAUUGUAUACCAAUUUUAAGCAUAACCGGAUUGACAAAAAAUUAUUAUAUAGUAAAAAUAGCAAGAAAAAGUGGCAAUUAUGUGAACAAUUUUACUGAUGAAUAAUAAAAAGGACAUUCAGAGGACACAGAGUUAUCCCAAUAGCACUGACAUUGUUUUAAUGAGAAAUCAAGAGGAUUUUUACAGACUAUUGAAAAAAAACAAAGAAUAAUUAUUAAAAAAUAUUGUGUGAAAUAAAUCUGUUUUCUUUGGAAAUAGUUGGAAAAAAAGAAAAGUAUUUUUUCUGACUAACCAUCAUUGUAUAGAAGAGAGAGAGGGAGGAUAAAUAAACGAAAUAAGAUUCUGAAAAAUAAAACAUCUACACCAAAAA